AUAAGACUUUUUUUAUCCUAAUUUUUCUGUUUCUAAAACUUCCUAACAUCAAAUUAUAAUACCUUAAAAAUAAAAAUUCUCAAUUUUCCCAAAUUAUAAACCCUAAAAAAUUCCCAAUUUCCCCCAAAAAUAAAAAAUUAAACAUUUUCUCUCUUUUCUUAUUCACCAGCAAAAAUGUAUGAACCCUAAAUUCUUUUUCCUACUCGAAUCGCUACUCGAGUUCUUCGCUCUGAUUCUCACAAAUUGCUACUCUAAUUCUUCGCUCCAAAGAAUUUAGGUUUGAACUGAGCUGCUGUUCGAGUUGGAGUUGCUGGCUGGUUGUUCGACGACGACGGUGGAAUCCACGACUGUGACGAAGGAAAUUCCUUUUUUUUAACAAGUGACGAAGGCCCCUUUCUCUCAGUUUUUCCAUUGAAGCGCACUCCAAGUUCUCCACUGAUAUUACUAUCCUCCAUUGAAGCAGCUUUUGAGGUUCAUCAUGGAAAUUCAUACUCAUCUUGGAACUGCAAAUACCUCUAACAGGAUGUUUGCUGGCAUGCUUAAGAGACAGCAACAUUUAUUAAGGCUUCAGUUGAGGAAUAAAAAAGUUCUAGCAUCAUCUGAGACGUUGAAAGUUCCUCCUAUAUCUACGAAGUAUGGAAAAGAUCAACCUCUAGUCAAGAUGUGCGGAAUCACGUCUGCUAGAGAUGCUGCAAUUGCAGCUGAAGCUGGUGCUGAUUUUAUUGGGAUGAUUAUAUGGCCAAAAUCUAAACGUUCUGUUUCUCUUGCAACUGCAAAGGAGAUUUCAGAGGUUGCUAGGAAGUAUGGGGCUGAGCCGGUUGGGGUAUUUGUGGAUGAUGAUGCUGACACUAUUUUAAGAGCUGCUGCUGCAUCGAACAUAGAAUAUGUCCAGCUUCAUGGGAAUGGUUCACGGAGUUAUUUCCCGCAGUUGGUGAAGGAGAAUCGAGUUAUAUAUGUUCUUCACUCUGAUAAAGAUGGGGUGCUCCUGAAUAAUAUUUCUCAAGAAGAAGGUUCUUUAGUAGAUUGGAUUCUUGUAGAUAGUGCAACUGGAGGAAGUGGGGAAGGAUUCGAUUGGACGCAGUUUAAAUUGCCAUCAAUAAAUAGCAAACAUGGUUGGCUAUUGGCUGGAGGAAUUAAACCCGAGAAUGCUCAGGAUGCUCUUCUUAUCCUUCGUCCGAAUGGAAUUGAUGUUAGUAGUGGCAUUUGUGCUGCAGAUGGCAUCAAGAAGGACGAGUCACGGAUAUUUGCUUUCAUGAAUGCAGUAAAAUCAGUGCAGUACUGAUUUUAGUGUUAGAUAGGUCUAAUUUAUCAUCCCAAAUAGUUUCCUUUUUCUUUUGUAGGCAACCUCCCUUCCCAGGGAUAGUAUUGGAUACAUUUUGACCUUUCUAAACCCAGUCAUUGAAGGAAUGUAUUGAAAUUUGUACUAGAUUUCAUGUAGAGGCCAUAUGAGAAUUAGUUUACUUAGUGUCCGAACUGGUAGAGCACUCAUUUGAAGGUGAUCCUUGGUUCGAGAAACUUGUUAAGGGAAAAGGUUGGGAAAAUAGGUGCCUUGUGAGAGGGUGUUUGAACUACGUAUAAUUUUUUUUUUAAUUAAAAGGGACUAUUUGAUGUUGUUCGGCAAGAUUAAGGAGCUUAGUCUGUCUAGUUUGUUUGAACAAUGAUUUGAAUUCUCCCUUUUUUUCUAUUACUCCGUUCUUUAAGAUAAAUAUUUCUUAGUUGCAGCUCA